AUGCGGAAGCCCGUCGGCUCUCCCAUUCCUUUGAUAUGCGUCUCUCCAGCCUCACCCGAAAAGCCCCAACCAGCGCCCUACUCUCCAUUUCCAGAUGGCGAGCCAGAGGCAGACGGCGACGGUUUCAGAGCCAAACAUCUGUCUCCACCACCUAAUGUGUCUCCGAGACAUCAGACUUCUCCCCUGCGGCAGUCGACGUCUCUCGUCCCCAAGGGUCUAGGUCGUGAGCAGUUCGAUAUCUUACUCAAAGCGUCUCGCGAACGGAGGGCAAUUCUAGGAGCCCCAAAAGCCCCUGACCUGCGCAAAGAACUGGCGAUAAAAAACCAGAAAAGCAAGCAGCUCAAACGACGAGCUCGGUUUUUGUCCAAAGUGUCUGAACCACCCUCUCCCACAGCGGCCACUACCCCGAAGACUCCGCCAGAGUCGCCGGCGAUCCUCCACUGCUCGUUGCCUUCCCCAGGGCUGGAGUCUCCACGUGCAGUAUUCGCAUCGGUGUCGAGAAACGGUUGCGGAGAACAACCGGACGGUGGGAUGUCUCACCAGGGUUGGGUCGAACAGAUUGACUUCCGCAUACCCAUCGGCAAACAACGUUCUGCUGGCAGAGCAGGUUCUGCUGACGUGAAAACCCCCACGAAGCUGAGGAAGUUCGCACCCUCUCUUGAUGAGAUUACUACUCGCAUGAGCAGCGCUACUCUCGGAAGGUCCUCUAAAGACACAGUCGCCUUUUCGAAUCAACAGACCAACCACUCAUGCCCCCAGCUCCCAAGUGUCCCCGCGGAACCCCGACCGAAACUUAACGUUGGAAGGCUGCACAUGCCUCUUCGGGAGCUAUCACCUGGUGCUUCCUUCGCCGACGGCGGGGAAAGGUGCUUUGUUCGGGCUCCACCAUCAGCUCUCCUUACUCCUGCAUUGGAAGUCACGACAACAUUUGUACCUCGCACUGUCAGGGCGGCGCCUUUCCCUCUCAGCGAGUCGAACCUCCAAACCUUCAGUCGUUCGUACACUGCAAGAGACAUGAUUAGGACGCUCAAGCGUCGCAGCCUGUCACCACCGCCUCUUGGAGGACUGCGAGGCGAAAAACCGUCUGAGCUUUAUGGCUGUGGAAGAACUAGCUUUCAGCAUGACGUGCUGUCAAUGCCAGGAAUCUUUUGACUGACCUGGAGUCUUUUAUUUUCGAAUGGAUGGUGGCCAACUACUAACUCCCCCUCUCCUAACCACAUUGCUCAUGCCCAAGCUCACCGUUCCUUUAUAAAUACGCUCACUAGACAUCCCUGUCGUUUGUACAUGUCUAACAUGUCUCAGAUGACAAUGCAUUCCAAUUUAUGGAGCACGGUGU